CGUUGUUUGAAGUAGCUAGGCGAACGUGGCAGUUUCACAGCUACGGAUUCCAGCUUUAAACCCGUAUAGCUAGGUUGUGGAAGUCAGAAAGACACAUAACGUUUUUCUCUCUUUGAAAAUGAUACUAUAGGCUAAACAAUGGCGCACACCUGAAACGAUGUCUUGUAUGUGGACUGGGUUGAAUUUGUCCUCCUCCAUUGUAUUAUCACAAUCCCAGUCUCCCACGUUUGUAAUUACCCAGCACAGGAACCAGGAAGAGAAGUUUGAAUGCAACACGCGUCCUAUUUUUUGUUUUGGGCAACAAUUCUGAUGCGAGUUUAUAAUGAGGAUGAUUUUUAAGUGAUCGGCAAUGUCUGAUAAGGGUCCUGUAUUAACGUCAGGUAUCAUUUUUUACCUAUCGAUCGGGGCAGCAAUAUUUCAAAUACUUGAAGAACCCAAUUGGAAACUGGCCAAAUCCGAAUAUUCCCGUCAAAAGGAAAACAUUCUUAAAACAUAUCCGUGCUUGACUAAAGAAGAUCUGAACUAUAUUUUGGGGGUGGUGUCAGACGCUGCUGGACAAGGUGUGACCAUCACUGGAGAGAAUACCUACAACAACUGGGACUGGACCAAUUCGGUUGUCUUUGCUGCCACUAUUGUCACUACCAUAGGUUAUGGUAAUGUUGCCCCAAAGACGGCUGGCGGCCGUAUAUUCUGCAUCCUGUAUGGCCUGUGUGGGAUCCCUCUCUGCCUCACCUGGAUUAGUGAGCUGGGCUCGUUCUUCGGAGACAGAGCCAAGCGCCUGGGACAGGUCCUGGUACUCAAAGGCCUUAGUGUGAAAAAGGUCCAGUUGAUCUGCACGGCCAUCUUCCUCCUGUGGGGUCUGCUGGUACACCUGGUGAUCCCCCCGUUUGUGUUCAUGUCCCUGGAGGGAUGGUCGUACCUGGAGGGCUUCUACUUCUCCUUCAUCACCCUCACCACUGUCGGCUUCGGGGACUACGUCGCAGGUAUCAAUCCAAACAUAGACUACCCAAGGCUGUACCGGGUGUUUGCAGAGGUGUGGAUUUACAUGGGUCUGGCCUGGCUGUCUCUGUUCUUUAGCUGGAACGUCCACAUGGUUGUGUCGGCUCACAAGGUCCUGAAGAAGAGAAGGCAGAGACACAGGAUGGACCACCUGGACCAUCGAUGGCAGCUCGAGAAGGACGACAUCCGCAGCCCUCGCCGCCUCCCCACCGCCGUCGACAUCUUCAACUUCCUGUCUGAGAAGCAUGAGGACUACAGCACCGCCAUCAGGCAGAUUGGCGCUGCCGCGAAGCCGAAGACGGAAUUCAAGGAGUUGAGUCGUUCAAAGAGCUGUAGUGACAUCCUGGGGACGAAUAUCCAAACCCUGGAGCAUUCCCCACGCCGCCUGAGGCGCCACCUUAGCAUCAGUCACAAUAUGUUAGUCAGCAGCUUUGGGAUGGGAGAGGAGGGGCAGAGGCUUAUCGAGGAUGACCCUGUCUUUAUGAAAGACCCUGUGUUUGAGGAGAACUGUCUGGAUAGGGACACUAGAGCGAAGGCUGUUUAUGUGUCCAACUCAAAAGAGAACCUAAACCCCGUCGAUCUAGGUCCUAACAUCAACAAAGAGGAGAAUGUUCAGAAUCAAGAUGGUGGAGAGAAUAGGUUUACUGUAUCAAAGGUAGUGGAGGGGGAUUCGGGAGAGGAGAAUGAUGAGAAAGGCUGAAGCCUUGGAUCCAUCCUCUUCCUGGAGAACUGAAUGAUGUAAUCAAAAGGGGACUAUCACGCUCUCCUAGAAGUUUGGUUGGUGCAGAAAACCUGUGAAUUCAGAUAAAUAAAAAGGUAUGAUGGGUCUGUGAUGGGUCCGCGGAUCAUCACAACUUUUUAUUUAUUGUACCCAUCACACCUUUUCAUUUAUCACCCCAUCACACCUUUUUAUCCAUCUGAACUGAAUGAUGUAGAAGCAUCAUAACAAGGUCCUGGGACAACCAGAGACUAUGGCAGAGUUAGGAUUGGUCACAUUCCCCUGUGGUGAGGAGUGGAAACAAAUUUUCAACGGUUUUCCUUAACAUAGUGAUCAGUGAAAUGUAUGACCCAAGAUUAUCAAGGCCUAAGAUCAUGAACACAGUCUGGACAACUUCCUGUCUUCUCUGUUAUCUUUAUCUCGAUGUUAAACACACAUUUUGGUCUGUGGGAAAAGUAAAAGAAGGAAAAUAUAGCAAAUGAUGGACUCCUCAGAGUUGCCAGUGUGAUUUACCUGACUCUAAAAUGAGAAACUGAAAGCAAUGUAGUUUGUCUAUUGUUACAAACUGCCUUCAGAAAUAAAGUUUACAUGAGUUUCUAUGCAAUUUCCAUGUUUUUUAUAUGAGUAGAUGUAGUGGUUGUGGACUUGAUAAAGGAGAUAUAAGAUAUAGAAUAAUUUUGUAUUUUUUGCUUUGUCAUUACCCCCCUCCCCCCCCCAGAAAAAUAUUCCCCCAAAGAUCGAUGAUCAACAAUAUGUCAAAGUAAAAUAAUGAAAUAUAACUGUUUAAUCAAUACAAAUAGUCCACCAUUUUCGACAGUGUGCAGGUCUCUCAUCUUUUCCAGUAUUCUUAUUUUGACUCCUACGCACCUGGAACAGACACUAUUGAGUACUAAGGAACUUAAAAGAGCCCAGACGGCCUCUUAUCAUUUAACAUAAUUACAAUUGUAAUUACAGUGUUAUAUUGUGGCAACCAUGUGGAAUAUUUAUACUUUUCAAUCAUAUUACACCAGACAAGAUGUACUAUACAGAAACAGCACAGACUUUGAGUACAAUACAGUUUGAAUGUCAUUACUGCAUCUAUAUAUACACACACAGACUUUGGAAAUCAGAUGUCUGGAAGGAAUUAUUGGCUACUUCAGAUCACAGACCAGGGCUUUGUGGUAGACUGUUCCUAUGAGAAGCUUUCCUCCAUAGGGAGCUGCUACAGAGGAUCCUAUGAGCACACUGCCAUCAUCAGCAUAGACCUGAGUCACCACUGGCUUCUCAUAGUGGAUGUCCUGAAUCCUAAUGACCUAUAAAACAAAUUAUGAUAAAGAAAACCAAUUAAAGCUUUUGGUACAUGGGCUGUGUCCCAAAUGGCAGUCUAUUCCCUAUACAGUGCACUACACUACUUUUCACUACUUUUGGCCAAGGCCCAUAGGGAGUAUACUCUAUAGAGGAGGUAUUCCCAAACUGGGGUGAUAUAUACUCUAUAGGGCAGGUAUUCCCAAACUGGUGAUGUGAUAUAGCGAAUCACCGGAGUGAGUUGGGUGUGAAAUUACUUUCCCGAAACGGAUGACACAAACAACUGGAUUGGUUAUCCCUUUCAUGCCCUGCCUCCAGUCCAAUUGCCGAUAUCUGAACAAGAGAGCCUCAUAAACAUUGUAACAAGCGGUUCAGUGAAAAUUGAAUUUAAUCAGAAGCCACUGCCAGAUUUCUGGAUAGGGCUGGGCUCAGAAUAUCCUGCCUUGGUCAAAUCAUGCUGUUAAAACACUGAUGCCCUUUGCAACCACGUACCUACAGUGCCUUGCGAAAGUAUUCAGCCCCCUUGAACUUUGCGACCUUCGAGCUGUUUUGCAAGGAGGAAUGGGAAAAACUUUCAGUCUCUCGAUGUGCAAAACUGAUAGAGACAUACCCCAAGCGACUUACAGCUGUAAUCGCAGCAAAACGUGGCGCUACAAAGUAUUAACUUAAGGGGGCUGAAUAAUUUUGCACGCCCAAUUUUUCAGUUUUUGAUUUGUUAAAAAAGUUUGAAAUAUCCAAUAAAUGUCGUUCCACUUCA